CUGCUGAGCACUUCAUCUCCGGUGCACAAGGGGACACUGUCUCUAAGUGAGCGUCCGGUUUGUCUCACCUUCUGAAAAACAUGGCGGCCCCCAUGGCUUUUAGGCGACAAGUGCUGUCUUUGGGGAGGAUACUGACAGCAAUCUCACACUUGGGGCCGAGAGGUUUGGGUGCAGGUGCAAGUCACAAUAGAUGUAAAAUAUUAAGUUUCCAUCUCCCGCUGACAUCAAACUCUUCCUUCCACAUUGCACCAAGGCUGUUUUCAACAGCUCCUUCUAUCACAGUCACAGAAGAACCUGACACAUUGUUUCAGAAGGUGUCCGUUCUGGUAAAAGGUCACGACAGAGCUGUGUUGGACAGUUAUGAGUUUUUUGCCACCACUGCAGCUAAAGAGCUGGGCAUCACCAUCAGUAAAGUAUUUGAACCUCCCAAGGACAUCGAGAGGUUAACACUCCUGAAGUCAGUGCACAUCUUUAAAAAACACAGAGUCCAGUAUGAAAUGAGGACACACUACCGGUGCAUUGAGUUGUCUCAUUUGACAGGCUGCACAGCACACGUCUACCUUGAAUACAUCCAGAGAAACCUCCCUGAAGGUGUUGCCAUGGAGGUGACCAAGACCACCAUGGAGAAAGUUCCAGAUCACAUCCAUGAACCCAUGUGGAAAGACCACCCAGUGGAAAGCGAGGCCAGCAAGUGAAACUGAACUUAAACCUUUUUUAUAUAUAGACAAUUCUAAAGAAUAAUCAUCCCCUUUAAGUACAGAACCUGUUUCUGUGUGUGUAUAUGUGCUCAAAGGUAUUUUUUGUGUUCUUUCUGUGGCAAAUAACACGGAUUAAUAAAUAAAUUCUGCCUGUAAUGAAAACA